AUGACUUCCCCUCACACUUGCAGUUGCAGUUGCAGUGGCAAUUCCGUAAAUUUCUUCGUAAAGAAACGGAAUGUUCAUUACAGAGGUGGCGCGCUUUCGAAUUCCAAUCUCACCACCACAACCACCACCAGGUUGAGACAACCGCCAUUCACGGUGGUCGCACUUUCUCUUUCUCAAUCGAGAAGGUCCACGGCGAUUCUCAUUUCAUCCUUGCCUUUCACCUUCGUUUUCCUCUCUCCACCAUCACCAGCGGAUGCCAGAGAGAGACGCAAAAAGAACAACAUUCCCAUUGAUGAUUAUCUCACUUCCCCUGAUGGAUUAAAAUACUAUGAUUUCCUUGAGGGGAAAGGUCCAAUAGCCGAAAAAGGUUCAACUGUUCAGGUUCAUUUUGAUUGUUUAUAUCGCGGAAUUACAGCUAUUUCAAGUCGAGAAUCUAAACUCCUAGCUGGAAAUCGUGUUAUUGCUCAGCCAUAUGAAUUCAAGGUGGGAGCUCAACCGGGAAAGGAAAGGAAGCGAGAUUUUGUAGACAACCCAAAUGGUCUAUUCUCCGCACAAGCAUCACCAAAACCUCCACCAGCUAUGUACUCAAUAGUUGAAGGAAUGAGAGUUGGUGGAAAGCGAACUGUGAUUGUUCCUCCUGAAAAAGGAUAUGCACAAAAGGGAAUGAAUGAGAUUCCGCCUGGAGCUACAUUUGAGCUAAAUAUUGAACUUUUGCAAGUGGUAUCUUCCUGA